AUGGCCCCCGCGGGUUGGAACAAUUUCCACGUGGGCAAGGAAUGCGGUCAUGUGAAAUGGUCUCGCAAGAUCACACCCAAGUUGACGGUCUCGUCGGGCCAAACGGUCACUUUCGAUGCCAUCGAUAGCAGCAAUGGUCAGCUCAAUCCUGCCUCGGACGCAUCGGCGAUCAGCACUCUCGACCUCGAUAUCGCCAAUCCCGUCUUCGGUCCUAUCCACGUACAAGACGCUCAACCCGGGGAUGUUCUCAAGGUGGAGGUGUUGGCCCUUGAAGUCGCAGAUUGGGGUUGGUCCGCCAUCAUUCCUGGGUUCGGUCUGCUGGCGGAGGAUUUCCCGGAACCGGAGAUCAAGAUCUGGUCCCUCGACCGUGAGAAAGGUUAUGCGCAAUUCAAGGAUAUGCGAAUUCCCCUCCGGCCUUUUCUGGGGUGCAUGGGUCUUGCGCCCGCCACCGAUGAGGAACUCUCGACCGUGCCCCCGACGCAGGCCGGGGGCAACCUCGAUUGUCGGGAGUUGAGCGUCGGCUCAACGGUCUUCUUGCCUGUGCAGACAGCCGGAGCGCUGUUCAGCUGCGGUGAUGGACACGCUGCGCAGGGUCAGGGAGAGGUCUGCGGAACCGCCAUCGAGACUCCCAUCAAAGCCACCCUCCGUUUCGAACUGGUGAAGAAUCAGCCCUGGGUCACUGCGCCUCACUACCAGACGCCUCCUCGCGCCCAAAUACCCAACCCUCUGCCCGACCUGGGCACCUACGGCGCCCUGGGCGUGGCACCCGACCUCUACGUCGCCGCACAAAGUGCCGUGCGUAGCCUCAUUCAAUGGCUCAUUCACACCAAGGGCUUGACGAAGAGCGAGGCCUACAUCUUGGCGAGUGUCGCGGGGGACCUCCACAUUACGGAAAUCGUCAAUGUCCCCAAUUACGAAGUGGCCAUCAGCCUUCCUCUAGGUAUCUUCAGUUCCGACUGA